UUUUUUGUUUUUUUUCUAAUUUGAAAUGAAACAGAGAGAGCAGGGGAGAGACUGAGAGAGCCACCACACCCAGAACCCUCCGGUGGCCAAUUUGCGCCCCGUCAGAUAUUGAAGUAGAGUCGCGAUCGACCGCCUCGGGAACGAUGGCAUCCAAAUUGCAGAUUCAAGGGGAUGAAUCAGUUGUUUUACGAGUUACUCAUUCUAACAUGAAAAGCUUUUCAAGUGAUGUCCGCUUCUCACUUUCGAUGACAUUAGAAGCUGUCAAGGAUAAGCUGUGGAAGAAGUGUGGCACUUCUGUAGAUUCAAUGCGUCUUCAGCUAUAUGAUGAUGGGCGUUCAAAACUCUGUGAUUUGAGUGAUAACAUGAAACCUCUCGGUUUUUAUCACCCACAAGAUGGGUUCAUACUGCAUGUUAUAGAUCUUGAUCCAUCCUCAGUAACCUCUGGAGGCUGGUUAGAAGACACGUCAUUGGUUGAGAAGUACACAAUCUCUGACGAAGCAUUUGACAAACUUGAUGGUACUUUCAGAAAGUUCAAGGACAAGAUUGCCCAUCAAAAUCCGUCUGCUCAUGAAAAGAAAAUAUCAGAUGAUUACAUGGAAGACUUUUGUGCAAAUAUCAAGAUAGGGGACAGAUGUAAGGUUGAACCAGGAGAAAAAAGAGGGGUCGUCAAAUAUGUGGGGCGGGCAGAAAAUCUUCCACAUGGUUUCUGGGUUGGAGUUCAAUAUGACGAGCCUCUUGGGAAAAAUGAUGGCAUGGUGAAAGGUAUAAGAUAUUUUGAUUGCCCUCCCCUCCAUGGAGCAAUGGUGAGGCCAGACAAAGUGGAGGUUGGAGACUUUCCAGAGGCAGAUCCAUUCGAGGAAGAUGAAAUAUGAAAAAGUAAUUGGUAAAGGAAAUUUGGGAGCUUCUUGCUUACCAUAGAAGUGUUAUUCUUCCCUAAUCAAUUUAUUACUGAAGUUAGAGAUUGAUGCGUUUAUUUUAUUAUCAAACACAAGCUUUGUAUGGUUUUGAAUGAUAAGAGUUCUAUAGUUUAAAUUGUCUAAGAGUGAACUCACAAAAAAAGUCUUCAUUUGAAUUUGAUCAUUCAGUUUUGAA